UCAGCAGAGCAGAGCAGAGAGAAAGAAAAGAGCUUUCUGUGUUUCUUCCUCCUCUUGGCUUUGUUAUUGGGUGACAGUAGAACUGGCAGGCGUUGGUGUAGCUGAGAAAAGUUUCUUAACGCUACAGCUAGAAUUCUUCUCCUUAAGUAAAAUCAUCAACCUCUGAGCACAAUGUUACGGCGGAGACCUUCAAAUGCUUCAGAGAAGGAACAGGGUCAGGUGCAGAAGAAGAAGUUGACACUCCAGAGGUCCAGUAGCUUUAAAGAUUUCAUGAAGCCAAAGCCAUCCUCACCUGUGGUGAAUCCUGAGCUCACACUGGAGGAGUCGCUGCCAGAGAGUGAAGUCCACGAGAACUCUGAAAAAAACGGUGGGAAGCUGGCAAAGAAAUGGAGGAACGUCAUCAGUCGCACAAUGACUCGGAAGACAUCCAAGAUGGUACAGAAAGUUCUUGCAGAGGAAGGGAUUGAGAGUGGAGAAGAUAGCUCAAUGUCUCCAAUAUCCCCUAAUGACUGGACUCCAGAUCUGAGUGCUGGAAACCGGAUAUCUAUGUGUUCCAAUAGUUCAGAAGACACCACACAUUAUCCCCUGUGUCGUCAGUUGUCUGGGUGUGGGGACAGGCAAAGUUUGGACAGUGGCUUCAGUCAGAGGGACAGUAUGGACAACACUUAUAAUGGACCAUUUUGUGGCAGGGCCCGUGUGCACACUGACUUCACCCCCAGUCCCUAUGACAUUGACUGCCUCAAAUUGCAGAAAGGUGAUAUCAUCCAAAUCAUUGAGAAGCCACCGGUAGGCACUUGGACUGGAAAGCUCAAUAACAAAGUGGGCUCCUUUAAGUUCAUAUAUGUCGAAGUGCUCCCAGAAGAGAACACACCACCUCGGAGAAAGCGUUGCCACAGUCAGGGACAGUUCAAUAAGCCCAAGCCGAAAACGCUGGAUGAAGUUUUGGAAAGGAUUGGCCUUAAAGACCUUGAAUCUCUUCUAUCCAUGCAUGGCUUCCAAAGUUUGGAGGACUUUAGUGGACUGAAGGAAUCCCACCUGAAUGAGUUAAACAUCACAGAUCCUGAACAGCGCACCAAGAUAUUGACAGCAGCUGAAUUGCUUCAUGAUUCUGAGGGAGAGUCUGAUGAAGAGGCGGAGAAAGCUGAGGAGAAGGUUGACAUGCCGCGGGACUCUGGUUGCUAUGAAAGCACAGAAAACCUGACAAAUGGGCGCGAGGAGAGUGAAAUGGAGGCCAAAACAGGACCUGGUGAAGAUAAAGAUACAGAAACAGAGACACAGCUUGACACAGUUGAGAAGAAGCUGCAAGACCUGACUGUGGAGGAGGAGUCCUGAGAGUAUUGAAUCAACACUGGAAAAACUCUAUCGCUGUGCUUCAGGGACUCAAUUUCCUUCAUUGAUGGAGCAGAAGUGUUUGUAGCAGCCCAACUAACAUGGCACACCUGCUUCCAAUGUUAAGUCAAGAAUGCUGAAUUACAGGGACCAUGAAUAUAAUCUAAUUUCUGUUUGAUGCAGCAGAGAGCGUUUAUACAGUCAUCUCACUGUGAAUGGACAGUGGCCAUUUUGUUUCUGUCAUUCUGAGAAGAUUCUUAGAAUUUUUUUUAAUUGCUUUUACACACAUUUUAUGCUGUAAACAGAAUAAAAAUGGACAUUGACACUUUGUCUGUUGGUUAUGGUCAUACAUUUAUCUGGCCUAAAUUAUGCUGUAUAAUAGAUAUUGGAUUACUAUAUAGUUCUAUAUAGUAAUUGAAUAACUUUCUAUAUAGUUUCAUGUAUAUUCAAAAUAUUUUAACUUUAUAACUACUUGAUCUAAUAUUUUUAAAUGCCUUUUGAUUAUGAAUGUACAAUGCAGUAUGUCCGAUGUAUUGUUAUAUUUUUCUAAACAGCCUGUGACAAAAUGGGAUUGAAAGAGUACUGGCUGUAUGCUUUAUUACUGCCUUUGUCCUACACAUGUCGAAGUACAAUCAUCCAUUCCUGUAUGUGUUUUUCUGUAUAGUUUUUGUCAUUUUUACUUCAGUUGCCAGCUUUCUGUCAUAUUUAUGUUAUCAAUGUCUUGUUUACGGUCAACUAUUUUGCAAACAUUAGUAAAGAAAUACAAUAAUAGGGGAAUAAAAAAAUUAAUAAAAAAAAAUGUACAGCACAAACAAAGUGCAUCAGAAUUGUUGGUUUUCCUGAAAAAAAAAACAAUAAUAAAUGUACAGUGAGGAAAAUAA